GUGUUGUGCCAGCUGCACGUUGUAACUUAAAUAACACACUACAAAAUGAGUACCAAAGCGGAAACGAAAUCAAAGGGCACCUUCCAGCCGGACUCAGAUGUUCACAUCACCUACGAAGAUCAGAUGAAGAUUAACAAGUUUGCCAACUACAACGCCAAGGUGGAGGAUCUAAAGGAAGAGCUGCGCAUCAAACAGAACGAGCUGAAAAAUCUCGAAGAAGCUGGCGAUGAAAUUGAACUGCUGGACGACGACGUGCAAAUCCCGUUCCUGAUGGGCGACGUCUUUCUCUCGCACGAUCAGGCCAAAACGCUCGACCUGUUGGCCGAAGCGAAAGAGCGCAAAAAGAAGGAAAUCAAUAGCAUCCAACAAACGAACCGGGAUCUGCAGCAAAAGAUGGGCGAUCUGAAGGGCUAUCUGUACGGACGGUUUGGCAGCAACAUCCAUUUGGAGAACGACGAAUAAACAGCGGCAC